UGAAACUUCAGAUUAGAGAUAUCUUAUGAUGCUCCCCACUGAAACGCAAAGAGAGAACGUCGAGCCUCGGUGCCCGAGGAUACGGAAAGACGUUUCAUUCAAAAAGAGGAGUAACAACUGAUAUUGAACGACUCCUUGUAUUAUAUCGACGUUUGAUUGAUAUCUUUGGUGCAGAGAACGCUUCAUAAAAUGGGGGAAUUGGACCUCGGCCAAAACCCCUGUCACGAACCGAAAGCCCCGGUUGCAGCUGUGGAGAAGCUGGUGGUGAGCUAAAAGACAACCAGAACCUCAUCUUAACUCUCUCCCUCAACAACUCUUUUUUAUUUUCUGCCUACUUGGUUCUCUCUAAUUAAAACGUACAUCCACGAUAUUACGACUUUAAAGAGAGAAAAAAGCAGCAAUCAUGUCUGACAAGAUUCCCAUCAUUGCAACUGGCAGAGUCAGCGAGCAUGCGAAGAAGACUUUGGAUAUCGUAAAAAGAUUCGUUGAGGAGAGAUGUAUUCCGGCCGACCCCGUCUUCUCAGCACAAAUCGACCAAGGCGGCGCUGAUCGAUGGGACCACCACCCCUCCGUAAUCGACGACCUCAAGACAGAAGCCAAGAAGCUCGGACUAUGGAACAUGUUCCUGGCCAAGGGCCACUACAAAGAAUCGCCUGGCUUCACAAACCUCGAGUACGGAUUGAUGGCAGAGCAGCUCGGCAAGUCGAGAACUGCUUCCGAGGCUGUCAAUUGCGCUGCUCCGGAUACGGGGAAUAUGGAAGUGCUGGCCAAGUACGGGAAUGAGGCGCAGAAGAAGCAGUGGUUGCAGCCGUUGUUGGAUGGGCAUAUUCGCUCGGCGUUCUUGAUGACUGAACCGGAUGUUGCUUCUUCUGAUGCUACCAAUAUUCAGUUGGGCAUGAAGAAAGAUGGAAAUGAUUGGAUUUUGAAUGGACAGAAAUGGUGGUCAAGUGGCGCAGGUGACCCACGAUGCAAGAUUUAUAUUGUUAUGGGCAAGAGUGAUCCAGGAAACAAGGACCCAUACAAGCAGCAAUCAGUCAUUUUAGUGCCGGCCGAUACUCCGGGUAUUAAGAUCGAGAGAAUGUUGUCCGUUUACGGCUACGAUGAUGCUCCUCACGGACAUGGUCAUAUUAGCUUUAAGAACGUUCGUGUCCCAGCUAGCAACAUGGUUCUUGGCCCUGGCCGAGGAUUCGAGAUCAUUCAAGGUCGUCUUGGUCCCGGACGUAUUCAUCACGCUAUGCGUACUAUUGGUGCUGCCGAGAAAGCCCUUGACUGGAUGCUCAUGCGCAUCAACGACCCAAAGAAAACUCCAUUUGGCAAGCAAUUAAAGGAACACGGCGUCAUCCUCGAAUGGGUUGCAAAGUCCCGUAUCGAAAUUGACGCAGCAAGACUCGUUGUCCUCAACGCCGCCAUCAAGAUUGACGAACUCGGGGCAAAGGGCGCUCUCAAGGAGAUAGCCGAAGCCAAGGUCCUCGUACCCCAGAUGGCACUGACUGUUAUCGACCGUGCGGUGCAAUCCUUCGGAGGAGCUGGUGUUUGCCAAGACACCCCUCUUGCAAACAUGUGGGCUCAAAUCCGGACAUUGAGAUUAGCUGAUGGGCCAGAUGAGGUCCACUUGCAGCAAAUGGGCAAAAAUGAGAAUAAGAGAGGUCAAGAAGUCACCGCGAACAUUCUCAAGCAAGCAGAGACUACCAAGCAGAUGUUCGCGAAGUAUAAUGUCAGCUUGGCGCAUAUUGGGCCCAAGUCGAAGCUUUAGAUGUUGGCAUAAUUUCGUCGUACCAGCUUAUCAAAAAUAAAUUGGACAGACUUGAAAGGAAUCUGUCAAUUUUUCGCUUCCAAGAAU